GUGAGUAAAAAGACUCAAUCAAAAGUUUGUUAAAAAUUGGCGACAGUUCACUAUACAACGUCAUAUAUAUUAUUUGAACCAAAUACUUGAAAAAAUCCAUUAUCAAAGAUUAAAUAAAUGCAAGUAAAUAAUUUUCUCAGCAACCCGACAUUUUUCUAAGAAAUACAAAAGCCUCUCCUUAGCCUCUAUUUGAUACAAUUUUAUAGUUACAUUGAACAAGAGCCUACGUCGACAUGCUUUUUUUAUUAUUUUCUAUCUACCAAUUUCUACUAUUUUAAAUAUAAUUUACUAUGAUCUAAGUACGAAUUAUUCAAAUUGACUGAAAUUAACAUGCAAAAAAGUGUCAUAUUUGGCUCACUAGCGGUCGGCGCAAUCGUUCUUGUGGGAGUUACUGUCACACUAGUUAUAACAUUACAAGAUGUAACUUUAGCACCGCAAUUGGACAAGGUGGUUGUUACAGCCACACAGGGAAGUUUAACAGGAGAAGUAAUUCCUGAAGCAGGCAUGUUUUUUGGCAUCCCAUUCAGCCAGCCACCCGUGGGAGAAUUCAGAUGGAAAAAACCAAGACAACCGGUGAAUUUUCCUGAUGGUCAUUGGGAUGCGACUUACAAAAGACCAGCAUGUAUUCAGAUAUGCCACCAACCCGCUGAAGAAUACAGUUGCCCGCCACCGAACGAAAUUGACGAAGACUGUCUAUAUUUAAACAUCUGGGUACCGUCAAGAAUUCUACGACUCGUUGAUAGCGACAACGUAAUUGGUGGCCAACACUACGUAGUUUCUGAAGAAUAUCAGAAUGGUGACGAUAACUCGUUGGCAGUUUUGUUAUUCCUUCAUGGAGGAAACUUUCUUAACGGCGCUGGAUCCGCAACAUUAUACGAUAACAGAUAUUUGGCAGAUCAGGGGAACAUUAUCGGUAUUACAAUGAAUUACAGAAUGGGCCCGCUUGGAUUUCUUGUGCAAGGCGAGGGAGAAGACGCCGCGAUCGGUAACUAUGGCAUAUGGGAUCAAAUAAGAGCACUUGAAUGGAUUAAAGAAAACAUUAAAUAUUUUGGAGGAAAUCCAAACAAGGUGACAGUUUCUGGACAGAGUGCCGGUUGCGAGUCUAUUGGAGUGCUAAUGACGUCACCACAAGUUGAAGACGGACUUUUUCAUCAAACUAUUAUGGAAAGUAAUCCAUUCGGGCUCCCAUUUAGAACUUGGGAAAAUGCGAUGGAAUUUGGUAGCAGAUUUGCUGAAGCUGCUGGCUGUAUUCGCGGUGAUAUGGAAUGUUUAAGGAAGGCUGACACAGAAACUAUACUGAAAGGCUUCGCAGCAUCUUCAUUAGAAGUUGUGGGAUUUGACAAAAUUUUGCUGAUAUUUCAACCAUGGAGUCCUGUGAUUGACGGAGAAUUUCUUCCGGAUCAGCCCAUAAAUCUUUUUGUACAGGGCAAAGCCAAACAGCUACCAUCCAUAAUAGGCGGGACAAUUGAGGAAGCUGUUUUAUAUGUUGCUCUAGCAUUCCCGAGACCGGUAUCCAAUAUGGCUUACAGAGGUGUCUUGAAAACUGUUAUGAAAGAAGAUUAUCAGCCGUUUAUCAACUAUUUUCCUCCUACGUGCAGACCAUUGGUGGAUUUUACGUGUGACAACAGAGAUAUCUUGAGCCAGAUUGGAACAGAGUUUCUAUUUUUGUGCCCAAUGCGCCAAGUUUUGAAUUACAUGGAAACGAACACCUAUUUUUAUAUCUUCAAUCAAACAUGGUCAUUUUACGAACUUUGGGAGAUCCCGAUGUGUUUUGACGCCGUUUGUCACGCCGCCGAACUUCCGUACGUUUUCAACGUUGCCAACUUGACUGUUCACGACUACGAUGCAGAAGAAAAAGUUCUCUCUGAAAGAAUGGGAUUUUAUUGGACGAAUUUUGUCAAAUAUGGGAAUCCAAAUGGUCGACCGUCAAAAACUGAAAAAGACGCGCGAUUGGGACAAAUUGUAGACGGCGAUAAAGUUGGGGCAAUUCACUGGCCGAAAUACCGGGAGACAGAAGACAUCGACAGUGGUACUUAUAAAGCGUUGCAGAUGACAAAAACUGGAGAUUUCGUCAUGGAAAAUCCGUACAAGGCAAACUGUGACUUUAUGGACGAACUCGACUCUUACGGAGAACAUUUUACGUAUGAUUAAUCUAGCCAAAAC